AUGACAAGUACAUCAUCGUUAGCACCGGAGAUCAUUCCAGCAGAGACAUAUCAGAUAGACAGUGAUGAAUAUGAUUCUGAUCAAGAGAGAGAUGACCUGGAAGAUGAAGAGUACGAUCAGAUCGUAAUCGAAGCUGAAAAUGGAUAUAGCGAAGAAGAGAUGAAGAGAUUUACGAAACAGUUGAAGGAAUGUGGAUUAGUGAAUUUCCUAAGAGAUUAUCUGGGUCCAGGUCAAGAAGGUGAAAUGAGAUCCUUGAGGAAAUUGUUAUUAGGGUUUGGUAUAAUCCCUCCAAAUCCUUUGAGGAAUAUAUCAACACCGAAUUUAUUAUUAUUGCCUUUCGCUAAAAUUGCUUUAUCAAGGAUAUUACGUCGUAGAGAGAGAUUAUCAAAUGUAUCAACAUUAGAAGAUGCUCUGAGACUGAUCAGGGAUUCAAAGAAAAUAAUCAUACUUUCAGGUGCAGGUAUUUCGACUUCUUGUGGUAUACCUGAUUUUAGAUCUUCAACUGGAUUAUACUCAAAAUUACAGGAAGAAGGUAAAUAUAAUUUAGAUGAUCCUCAACAGAUGUUUGAUAUACAUUAUUUCAAGGAAAAUCCACAAGUAUUCUAUUCUUUCGCAAAACAGAUAUACCCGAGUAAUUUUAUACCUUCACCUUGUCAUAGAUGGAUCAAGAUGUUAGAAGAUAAAGGUAAACUUCUACGGAAUUAUACGCAAAAUAUAGAUACUUUAGAAAGUCUAGCUGGUGUAGAGAAGGUCCUACAAUGUCAUGGCUCAUUUAAAACUGCAUCAUGUCUCAGAUGCAAAACUAGAGUUCCGGGUCAAACGAUUGAACCUCAUAUCAUGUCCCAACAAGUACCUUAUUGCGGAUCGUGUCGGACCAAAAGGGACGAAGAGAUAAAUCGAAAGAAGGAAAUGAAAAAGGGCAAAGGAAAGGCCAAAGCUAAAGCUCAAUGGGAUGACAACGAUGAUGAUGAUAGUGAAGAAGAUGAAUGGGGUGGUGGUGAACCUGGUAUAAUCAAGCCUGACAUAACUUUCUUCGGUCAAGCACUUGAUUCUGAAUUCGACCAAUGUUUAUUCCAAGAUCGUGAGGAAGUCGAUCUGUUAGUCAUCAUAGGGACAAGCUUGAAAGUCGCUCCUGUCAGCGAGGUCCUAACACAUAUACCACAUUCCGUUCCUCAGAUCUACAUAAAUUUGACGCCUGUAUAUCACGUCCAACCUGAUAUAUGUCUGCUUGGCGAUGCAGAUAGUAUAGUAAAUGAUCUAUCAUCUCAACUUGGUUGGGAUAUCCCGCCCCCUAUAGCAAUCACAAACGGUAUUUCUAACCUGUCUUCGACCUCCACUUCGGAUCCAGAUAGUAGCGGUCAUGGAAAGAACGGAAGGGGCGAUGAAGCGAGAAUCCCGAUACCUGUAGGAGUUAGUAUAAGCCCCGAAGAAGGUGAAUGGAUGAGUGGUCAAGGUGAAGCAUCUCAUAUUCAUUUAUUCCGUAAAAAAGGAUACGAUCCUAUGGAUCAAACGGAAAGUAACGACUCCAGUCAAAUAUCAUCGACGUCAACCCCGAGUGGUCUGAAGCAAGAAAAGUAUCAAUCCCAAAGUAAUAUCGAUAAAGUGGAUAUCGGUGAUGCUCAUGAUGGAUAUGAAAGUGAUAACGAUGAUAGUCCAAAUGAAAGUGAUAAUGAUAAUGACGAUAGACCUGUUAAACGUUCUCGAGCAGAAUAA